CGAAACCUUGCUUGUCCCAUCACAAGUAACGUUUAUUUCAUUGGAUGGUGAGGUUUAUAUGUCAUACUUUUAGUCAUUGAAGAGCCUAUCUUACAUUCAGCACAAAUUAGGGGGCCAGCAUCUUUGCUGGUUUCUGACUGAGGCAGUUGUCAUUUUCCCAUCCAGCACAAAUUCUGUUUAUCUCAGCACCCAUGUGUUUGUCAUGAAAGAGAUGGGGUCAAGACUAUUGUAGACACAUUUAAAUCUUGAGGCAGUCUUCUUUGUAACUUUAUAAAAUGUCGGAGGAAAUUGUUCAAAACCUCAUCUUUUGCCUUUUCCAUUCCAUGUAUUACACCUUCUAGCUUGCUAUAAUUUUAGCCUAUGGGACAGAGUCCAUGUUGCCCUUGUCAAGCGGCACUGAACUAUUGUCUAAUUUGAUGGCAAACAUACAAAUAACUCCCUAAACACUUGUCUUCUACGACCUACUCACAUACUUAUGUCCAUGUGUUUUGAUACCCCAUAAAUGAUAACACUGUAAAUUACACUCUGUAGUCUAAGGUGUUCCCCAGAUUUGUCUUAUUGGUCCCUCUAUCUGUCAGGUGUUCCUCCACCCACAGUGAAAUGGCACGGGAAGCGUGGAUUGUUGGACUCCAGUGCUGUCUCCCUUCCCUCUGGCUCACUGUCGAUCAGAAACGUAUCUUUGCACGACCAAGGCACCUACUCCUGCAUAGCCCAUAACACCUUAGGAAGGUCCAUAGCUUCUACCGUGCUGCAGGUCUAUGCUCUAUAUCCUGCUGGAGAGCGCAGGGUUGUUCCUGUCUUACGAGAGCUGAACAGGAGAAGGGUCCACAUGGCGUCACGCCGCGGAACUAGUGUUUUUAUCAAACCUGGAGACAUUCUACGUAUAGGUUGUCCAGUACUUCCUGACCACAAACUGCCAGUUCGCUGGGACCACAACAACCAGACCCUGAAGGAGGUUCCACGUCCUGCCCAGUCCCAGGGUCCUGGUCUUGGCCUGCAGUACAGGAUGUUGGUGGGGGGCCGUGUCCUUGAGGUCAACAGCCUCCAUGUGAAGUUCUCAGGCCGGUACCAAUGCCAAACAUUCAUCAACAGUACCAAACAAAUGCUGUAUGCCUGGAUAUACAUUCACUCUGAAGAUAUAGGCUGGCGUUUUGGAGACUGGACCACAUGCAGUGCUUCCUGUGGGAACAGAGGCACUUGGCUGCGAAGGAUUCAAUGUGUCACACCAAAUGGAAAGGAGGUGCAGCCCACCAUGUGUCACCACAUACCAAAGCCCAUCACCUCCCUGGUCCCCUGCAACAGACAUGACUGCACCCCCAGAUGGCUGGUAUCAGAGUGGUCCAAGUGCUCGGCCUCAUGUGGUAGUGGCUGGAAACAGAGGCAGAUCACCUGUCAGCAGCAGGAUGCCAGAGGUGCAGUGAGGACCCUGUCAGCAGCUGCCUGUGAGAGGAUGACCCGGCCCACAGGCACGGAGCCUUGCACUGCUAAUAACUGCCCCACCUGGAUUACUAGUCCAUGGGGAAAGUGUUCAGGCAGGUGUUUGGGGCCCACCACCACUGUUCAGAAGAGAUCCGUCAUCUGCCAACAUGCCAAUGGCUCCUUGUUCACAGGCUGCGAUCCGAGGGACAGGCCUGUUUCAGUACGGAACUGUUCCUCAGACCUAUGUGAUGUCCAAUGGCAUCCAGGUGCAUGGCGGGCGUGCACUGUGGUCUGUGGAAGUGGCUUUCAAUCACGCAGGGUGGACUGUGUUCACCGAAGGAGUAGCAAGGUGUUGGCUGACCAGCACUGCGCCUGGCUCCAGCGGCCCUCCACCUGGCAGCAUUGCAACACCUCAACCUUUGGGAGCGAAUGCCAGGACACAACCCAGUACUGCAGUGUGGUGAAGAGUCUUAAGCUGUGUUUCCUGGACAUGUACAAACAUAGAUGCUGUGGGUCAUGUUCACAGGACGCUGACUCCACCUAGUGGCAGUGAGAGUUUGUAACCACACAGCAAAGACUGGAAGGACCUGUGAGUGGAUGCUUCAAGAGCAGCACAAGCUGUAUGGAAACAGGACAAGUCUUAGUUCAGUUCACUAACGUCCUAAAAGGAAACUGGACGGAGCCUCAAAAGGCCUGGAAGGACCAGGGGGCUUCAUUUUCUGAUCUGGACCCAACAUCCAAUAGAGACAAGUGGUCAUUAUGUGGAUCAAAUGGACAUUUUGGACUUUCCAGCAAAAACAGAACAUUUUAUUGCUUGUGACAGUCAAAAAAUAUGGCUAGGCCAAAAAGGAAUAUAAUUUUUAUUGCAUAACAUGUAUCACUGUUCUCAUUGUGUCAGUUUGCUCUCAAACUGAUGUAUUGCUUUGCCAAUAUUGCCCCACUCACCAGUUGUGUCAGCCACUGCUGAUAUGUGAGGGGCAUCAUAUCAGCACGUACGUCAAAACAGCCUAGAAAACUUGCAGUCUCAUUUAUUUCAUCAAACUAUUUAUUCAUGCAAUUGUUCCAAAAAAAUAUAUAAAAUGAUUAAUAUAAACUGUUAAAGGGGAAUUCUGUUCUUUUACAAAUCGGUUCAUGUUUUUUUUUAUAGUUUGGUCAUUUUCUUUAACUCAGUGAAAAAAUUACAGACAUCUGGGAACACUUUCUCUGAGGUGAGACCCACAGUCUCAAACUUUGAAAAAAACUCCUUUAAUCUAUAUCCCUGACUUUCCAGACUAUAAGUUAGGUUCACCUUACUUUUAAGAGCUGCUAACCCUAAAAUAAUUAAAUGUAUUUCAAAGGCUUUUCAUUCCGGACCAGUUCAAAGUUGGUUGUUCUUCUGAAAUUACAGACACAAAAACAUCUCUUCAAAAGCAGAUAUUGGUGACUUCAGUCUAAAAUACAGUGUCAAACCAUAUCUAUCUGUAAAAUCAAACCCAUCCCCAGUAGAUAUGUUGAUGCUGAACGAUUCUGUUGCUUUUUUAGUGUCAAUGUUUUUUAACUGUUUGUUCUGACACUUUUUGUGGAGGUCAAUUGUUUUUAUAUUUGUAUAGCAAUGGAGCCCCAUGCCACAACGUGACAUGAGAAUCCAGGAGACAAUGGAGCAUCUGAGGCAAAACUGGUUAAGUUUGGACAUCCAAGUAGAGAUGGUUGGGUUAAGGGCAGACCAGUCGUCAAACGAUCUAAAGUAUAAACAGAAUUCCUGGAAGUACUGGCCGAUUGAAACCCCUACAUUCACACAAUGAAGCAGGGGAAGUCUUGUUUAAUGUCUGCAAUUUCCAGUCAUGUAUGUAAAAUAGAAUUUAGGAUAUAAGUCCUGAAAGACCAUUCACUUGAGUGAUGGGUGUGAUUCUUGUGUGACAUUAAUUAGAUGUCACACAAGACAUCUAGAGUUUCAGUGCUGGAGUUUCAGUUGUGAAAGCAUGAAUUCAUAUCUUCAUAAUCAUCAAACUAUGACUCUCAGCGCUGACGGUACAGGGCGUUUGUAAAAUAAUUUCAGUAUCACAGGAGAAGAAAAGUCGACUCAUUGAGGUGAAAUGGACUGUGGAGCGAGAGGCACCAGCACAACAUUGAUUUUGACUGAUCAUGUUACCUUUGUGGUGGUUAUCAUACUGAUGUGCUGCAUUGUAAAAUAUCUUGUAUAUACUGUGUUCUAAGUGCAAUAUCGUAUAUCAAGUGA